AUGAUAACCCAUUUAAAAGAGAUUUAUAACAAGUCGUUUGAAACUGAAGGAGACUUGUUAAAAAUAAGCCUCACGGACAGCGAGAGGCUUAUUGGCGAUGCAGCAAAGAACCAGAUUGCGAUGAACGUGAAGAAUACAGUCUUUGAUGCAAAGAGACUGUCAUUCACUGUCGUCAACGAUGGCAAUGACAAGCCUUUGAUUCAGGUUGAGUACAAGGGAGAGAUUAAGAAGUUCACACCAGAGGAGAUCAGUUCGAUGGUGUUGACGAAGAUGAAGGAGACAGCAGAGGCGUUUGUUGGUGGGAAAGUCAACAACGCAGUCAUCACAUGUUCAGCCUAUUUCAACGAUUCACAGCAACAGGCAACAAAGGAAGCAGGCACAAUUGCAGGCAUCAAUGUGCUCAGAAUCAUCAAUGAGCCAACAACAGCAGCAAUAGCAUAUGGACUUGACAAGAAGACGGAGAGAGAAAAGAACAGCUUGAUCUUUGAUCUUGGUGGUGGAACAUUUGAUGUCUCACUUCUUGCUAUUGACGAUGGCGUCUUUGAAGUGAAAGCAACAAACGGCAACACACACCUUGUUGGCGAAGGCUUUGAUAACAGAAUGGUCAACCACUUCAUUGCCAAAUUCAAGAGAAAGCACAAGAAAGACAUUUCAGGCAAUGCACGAGCUGUCAGAAGACUCAGAACAUCAUGUGAAAGGGCAAAGCGAACACAGUCAAAUGCAACAACAGCAAACAUCGAAGUCGACCAGUUGUAUGAAGGCAUCGACUUCUACACGUCACUCACAAGAGCACGUGGAGUCCCAUAG